CUGCAGGAAGGCGGGAAGAGCGCUCAGCGAGCGGCGCCAUUUUGCUUCGCUGACAGGAUGCGGCGGGCUCGGCGCUUUUCCCUUCUCGCUCUCGUUCUGUUCGUCGUGGUGCCUUCUUGCGCCUCUAAGCUUAAUGUGCCCAUUGUGUUGCUGCCCUUCAGCCGGGAGAUGAGGGUGCCUUUCAUGCUGGAGGCCGAGGGGGGCUGCUACUCCUGGCGUUCUAUGCAUGACAGUGUUGUCACAGCUGAGCCCGUGUAUGAGGAUGGUUCUGCAUGCUCCCAGAAAGCCCUGCUGUCUGCUCAGUCCGCACAGCCCACCAGGCUGAGCAGCACUGUGAUAGCUGAGGAACACGUCACCGGCCACACGCUCCGCUGUGAUGUGAUGGUUGAUGUGAUCAACAGCAUUGAAAUUCUGUCCCGAACUCGGGAGAUCUACGUGGAGGAUUCUCCCCUGGAGUUGGCAGUGAGAGCCCUGGAUGUCAAAGGAAACACGUUCAGUAGCUUGUCAGGAAUGGUUUUUGAGUGGAGCGUCGCAAAGGAUGAGGAUGUGGACAGUGUAGAAUUGUCAGACAAAAUAAGGAUUUUAAAAUACUCAGAAGCUGACUAUUCCCCACCAAACCACAUUGUUGAGCUGGAAAGAGCAGAAAAACAAGGAGACAGAAUCCUGGUGUCAGGAAUCACGACUGGAGCAGCGGUUGUAAGAGUCCGAAUACACGAAUCGACCUACAAGAAAGUGGCUGCUGCUGUGGUACGCCUGCUGGUUCUGGAGAACAUAGUGCUGAUCCCUGCUCAUGACGUUCACCUCCUGGUUGGAGCACUUAUAAAAUACAGAGUUGCAAAAGUUGUACGGGGGAAGAUGACAGAGCUGGAAUUUCCUCUGGAGCAUUACGAGCUGGAGCUUCGGGAUCAAGUCGCUGCUCCUGGGGGCUCUGAGCUCCUGCCUGUGGCCAGCCUGGAGGGGAGGACUGCCGCCGUGCGAGCCGUGCAGCUGGGGCAGAGCAGCCUGGUGGUGGUCCAUAGAAACGUUCACAUGCGAGCUGCAUCUGGGCUGCCUAACAGCACCAUCCAUGUGGUAGAAGCUGGAUUUUUAGGUUUCAGUGUCUAUCCAGGAGACAGAUGGGUGCUGGAGGUGCAGCGGCGGUACGCCGUCACUGUUGAGGUUUACGAUAGAGACAGCACUAAGGUUUAUUUAUCUGAUAACCUCAGGAUAACUCACCACUUUUCUAAGGAGCAUUUUGAGGAGCUGACGUCGUCUCCUAACGGCUCUUACCACGUAGUUCGAGUCCUAAAAGGUGGCACCACAGGGAUAAGAGCUGAGCUGGUUUCUGUCCUUCAGCAGGAUGGCUCUGCUGCUCCCUUCCCCACGGUGAUCAGCCGUGAGCAGGAGGUGAAGAUGUUCCAGCCCAUCAGGCUGUCCUGUCCUCUCCUUGCGUUCCCGUGGCACCCCGCAGGAGUGCUGUAUCAGCACCAGCUCCAGGUGGAAGGAGGCAGUGGCAAUUUCUCCUGGAUUUCUUCCAAUCAAACUGUGGCCACAGUCACCAUAAAAGGAGUGGUGAGCGGAGGCCUGGCCCAGGGGCACUGCACGGUUCAGGCCAGAGAUGCACAGAACCCCCUUCAUUAUGCAGGAAUACAGGUGUUUGUGGAACCUCUGGCAAAGCUGGAACUGAUGCCGCUGCAUGCAGAUGUGGAGGUGGGGCACACUCUGCUAGCUCCUCUCCAGGCUUACUUCACACGCAGGGAAACAAAGGAGUACAUUGCUUUCACUGACUGCUCCCUCUUACCUUUGGAGAUAAGCAUGGAAAAGAGAGGAGUGUUUGUCCUUGCAGAAGGAGGUGGUCAGAAGCCUGACCGGGCAUUCUGCUCCAGCUUCCAAAUAGAAGCGAGGUCUGUGGGACACACAGUGCUGACAGUGAGCGUUCGUGUCCACCAGCAGCACUUGGAAACAAGUGCAACGUUUGCUGCUUACGAACCCCUCAAGGCCGUCAACCCGGUGGAGAUGGCUUUGGUGACCUGGAAGGCAACGAAGGAGAUUGUUUUUGAGGGUGGCCCGGGGCCGUGGGUUUUGGAACCGUCCCGUUUCUUUUCGGAACUGAUUGUAGAACGUCAAGGUAAAAUUGAGGUGGUACAGAUCCGACUGCCGACCCAAAGGAAGGUGAAGCAGUACGUCUACCGUGCCGAGUGCCUGGAGCUGGGGGAGCAGGUGCUCACAUUCCGUGCAGGGAACCGGGCUGGGCUGCUGAACCCCGCACCUGCUGUGGAAUCAGCCAUGGUGACGUUCAUCUGUGCUGCUCCUGUCAGCAUGGCUGUGAGCCCGUCGUACGGAGCGCUCCGUGCUGUUCCACCUUGUCUGUUGCCACAGCACAGCAAGCAGCUGGUAAGGCUUGGGGCAGAACUGCAUCCAGGGCAAGAGAGACAGGGAGCUGUUGGAGGGGGUCCAGAGGAGCACAAAGAUGAUUUUUUUGUUCAUCUGUGGCUUGCAGGACAUCAGCUUCUAGAAGUGCAUCAGAUUAAAGGAACUGUUCGUGUUGAAGUCAGCUUUGUAAAGUACAGGAGCAGUGGUGGCCCACAGGCACCGUCUGGCUUAUUUACCUCUGUGGAGUUCCUGCUGGUUGAGGACGUGAUGGUUCAGCCUGAUAACAUCACUGUCUAUAACCACCCUGCUGCAAAGGAGCUGUUCCGUCUUCUGGAAGGUUCUGGGUACUUCCUGGUCAACAGCAGCGAGGAGGGAAUCGUGAACGUGAGAUACUUGGAGGCAGACAGUGCCAUUGAGGUCACCCCUUUGCAGCCUGGAUUUUUAAGCCUGGCUAUCCACGAUUCCUGUUUGGCCUCCUUGCCACCAGUUGCAGCCCACGUGCGCGUGUCUGACGUGCUCGAGGUGGAGGUGGAUCUCAGUGAAAAGGCUGAGGUUGGCAGGAGAGUUACGGCCACUGUUCGAGUCCUGGGUUUUCAGCGACUUCCCCUGCAGAGUAAAUACUUCAAGUACAUGAAGCUUCAGCUGCAGGCAGCAUCACCUAUUGUGAGCCUUGUGCAAGUGGAGGAAGUGGGAGAAUAUUCCCAGUUGCACGUACUUCAUGCUGUUGCCGUGGGCCAGACGACUUUGGUAGCUACAGCCUGGGACAGGAUGGGCAGAAAAAUCACUUCCGCUCCUCGGAAACUUGAGGUCUUUCCUCCGUUUAAGCUGAUCCCAAGGAAAAUCACCCUUAUUCCACACAAUAUGAUGCAGGUGAUGGCUGAAGGUGGUCCCCAGCCACAAUCCAUCGUCCACUUCUCUGUCACCAACCGCUCCGUCGCUGAGGUCAGCUGCCUUGGACACGUCACAGCAAAGGCAGUGGGAACAACCAGCAUCCAGGGCACCGUUCAGGUGGUCAGCGAAGACACAGGAAGAGUGGCAGUGUUUUCACAGGAUGAAGUGGAGCUAGAAGUGAUCCAGUUAAAAGCAGUAAGAAUUCAUGUACCCUCCACAAGGCUGAUCGCAGGCACUGAGAUGCCAGUCUUCGUGAUGGGGCUGAACAACAUGCUGACUCCCUUUUCCUUCAGUAAUGCUAACUGGGAGCUGAGUUUCCAGUGGUCAGUGAGCAAAAGAGAUGUCCUAGAGCUGCUUCCUCGACACGGGAGGGCUUCCAUUCAGCUCCCAGCACAGAACAACGUUGCUAUGGUCGUGUGCACGAGGGCAGCAGGUAGAACGAGCAUCAGGGUGAAGGUGCAGUGCCUGAAUGCGUCUGCUGGGCAGUUUGAAGGGAACGUGACUGAGCUGUCAGACGAAGUACAGGUCCUGGUAUUUGAAAAGCUGUCUGUGUUCUCUCCCUCGUUUUCCACUGAGCAAAUUUUAAUGUCCACGAAUUCUCAACUCAAGCUGUACACAAACAGGGAAGGGGCCGCGCUUGUCAGCUUCCGGAUCUUGCAGUGUUACCCCAACUCCUCAGUCCUUGAGGAACGCGAUCAGGGUCUCCUGAGGGCUGGACCCAUCCCGGGCAUUGCUGCAUUGGAGGUGACUUCCCUGGAGCUCUUUGGAGUCAAUCAGACAAUGGUAACCAGUAUCCAGGUUGCACCCAUUUCCUAUAUAAGGAUAAACGUCAGUCCCCAAAUCUAUACCAGCAGCGGCGUUUCCUUGGCUGCCUUCCCCCUGGGAAUGUCCUUCCUCAUUACAGUUGAGUUCCACAACAGCAUCGGGGAGAAGUUUCACGCCCAGCACGCCCAGCUGCACUUGUCUGUGAACAGAGACGACUUGCUGCUCAUUAGACCCGCAAACAAGAAUCACACCUACGUUGCUCAGGCUGUGAGCAGAGGAGUGACGCUCCUGACCGUCCAGGAUAGGAAGCAUCCGGGUGUGGUGGACUGCAUCCCUGUGCCUGUGGAGCGUGCCAUUGAGCCAGAGCUGCCCGGGGCCCUUGCAGUAGGAGAUGUCGUCUGUUUCAGCUCAGCCCUCGUCAACCAGGAAGGUGAGCCGGGGACGUGGCACGUUUCCCCCUCCGUGCUCAUCGUGGACAGCGUGAGUGGAGCAGCGUUAGCAAGGAGCUCUGGAACUGCUGUGGUCUUCCUUGAUAUCCCAGGGAUAGUGAAGACACACAGAGAGGUCGCAGUCAAUGGCUCAUCACACUUACAUCUCCAGACUGCUCAGAAAACCUAUUUAACAAACGCUCCCAAUUCCUCUGCCUUCCACCUUCUCAUUGCCACGGGCAGCGGGAGAGAAACCCUCCAAGGCUCCUGCAGCUCCGCUCAGGUCGGUGCCAUCACGCAGCGCCUGCUCCCGCAGUCCCACCUGCGGUGCCGGCUGAAGUUCAGCAGCGCCGUGCUGGGCGUUGCAGCUGGGGAUGUUUUCCACGUGAGCCCAGAGUUCAGCACCCAGGAAGGUCUCUACGUCUGCGUAAUCACUGCAAAACCGCAGCCCAGGGAAGCCCUCCUGGAGCUCAGCACAACCCACUCCUCUGUCCGGGUGGUGGUUUCUCUCGGCGGCGACACGCAAAGCAUUCUCAUUCCUUUCCUCCCUGCCUUCUACCUCGGUCACUCAGAAUUGGUGUUCAGCACCACGCAGCUGAGCCGCGUGCUGAGCGUGCUGGGAGCCGAAAAGGUCCUGGAAAAACUGGAGCUUCAGCCCAGCUCUCCAGCUGUAGCAGUGACGCCUCCCGAGUUCUUUUCCAACCAGCCCGGCCUUGUGCGUUACGCCGUGCGUGUGCUCGACCUCGGCUCCCUCCAGCAGAGGCCGGCGGUCUCCAUCACCGUCUCUUGUCCUCUCACCGGCCAAAGGGAGGUGGUCACAGCCAGAGCCGUGGCGGGGGAGCAGCCCGCGGGGCAGCGCGGCGCGGUGGGAAUUCACCGGCAGCUCGUGAGCUCUUACCAGAUCCUCCUCUUCACUCUCUUUGCUGUUUUGGGAUCGACAGCUGUUACUUACCUCGCAUACAACGCCUUCCUGGCCAGGCUGCAGACUCUGCCCCUCAUUUACGUGCCCAACGUGGCCGUGCCUCAGGCAGGAUUCUUCCACCCCCCCAGCCCCGUGCAGGGAGGCAGAAGGACGCAGCUGAGGCUGUGGAGCGUGCAGAACUGAACCUCGGAGCGCCCUCGUAAUGCGUGGAGCUGCUGGAGGAUGGGGGGCAGCACCCGGCUCACCCCCCUUCUCUGCUGGGCUGAAGCACGCAGCUUAAACACCCGUUAUUUGGUGGCAGUUGGGGGCGGUUCGGCAUAACCCAACGGCCCGCCCCCCUCCUUGAGGAGAAAUAAAAGCAAUUCGACUGUU